AUGAACAGCCUGUCGCCGAGACAGAAGACAUGGCUGGCUAUUGGCAUCGUCCUCAUAGUUCCUCCGGCUCUUUACGCGGGUGACUGGCUACGGCAGAAGGCACCGCCAGAGAAGCUCGCACGAGUCAUCGAUACUGCAGGAGAGGACGAUGAACAUGCGCACGAGCGACGGACUAUUCAGCGCACUCUUGCUUCACUGCGAAAUGAGCGAGUCUUGCUCGAACGUGAACGAGCCAAUCUCGAGCAGAAGCUCCAACAUGUGUUUGCAAGACGGAUGGGCAAGCAGGAACGAGUCGACCACGAUCCGCGCAAUGCAAGCUGA